UGGUGAGCGAGCCACUAAGAAUCAUGUCUCGAAUCUGGCCAUGCUGGGAAAGGGAAAGGUUGGGAGCCAUUUGCGCAGGGCAAGCGAUCAGUACUUGAUCCGAGAAGCCUUUGGAGUGCUCUACACGCGCUAAGUUGCAGUGAAUUAGGCUCUUUGCAUAUUCGGUGCGACAGAUCGGAAGGUUCAAGAUGCCGCGCAGACGAUGCGUGUUGUUCUGGGCCGCUGUUCCAUUUGCACACAUGGCCCACAGGACGACCGAAGGCGAGCUAAAAAUAGCAGCAACGGUGUGCCGGAGAAGAGCCGAGGCCAAUUUAGGCACGAACCCAGAGAGGGGUCCUCGCACACAUCAGGCCCGCCUCCAACCCCAAGGCCGCGGAGUAGUCUGACGGUCCCGACGAGACGCCGCCAUCCUCUUGCGCAGCAGAAUGCGGCGACUCUUCGGGCGGCAGAAGGAGCCAAAACCGACGACUGGCGCAGCAGUCGAGCAGGACCCGCCAGCCCAAUCGCUGGCGGCGCCGUCGUCGUCGACCAGGAAGACCUUCCCCGCCGGCAUCAAGCUGCUCCACAGCCCGGCAAACCCCGCCGACGCCAUCGUCGACAUCGUCUUCAUCCACGGCCUGACGGGCGACCGCGAGAAGACCUGGACGGCCGCCGGCGCAUCCGAGCCAUGCCCAAGGCCCUCCUCCCGUCCAAGCUCCCGACGGCGCGUGUCCUCACAUUCGGAUACGAUGCAUAUGUGGCAGACUGGCGGGGCGUGGUGUCGCAGGGUCGUAUUGCGAACCACGCGUGGAAUCUUCUGACGUCUCUCGCGGCAUAUCGAGAGGAGGACGACACGAAUGAACGGCCGAUCAUAUUUGUCUGCCACAGCCUGGGCGGCCUGGUCUGCGAGGAUGCCCUGUCUACGUCGAGACAGCGGACGGAAGGCCACCUCCAGAAUAUCCUUCGAUCGACACGCGGCAUCGCCUUCCUCGGGACGCCACACCAUGGAUCGGGGCUGGCACGAUGGGCCGAGCUGCUGUCGCGAUCCAAGGGGAUUAUCAAGCAGACGAAUACCGAAAUCGUGGCGGUCCUGAGGCGCGACUCGGAGGUGCUCGCGCGGAUCCAGGAUGGAUUCCAUACGAUGGUUCAGUCACGCGGCAAGGAAGGCCAGCCGAUCGAGAUUAGCUGCUUCUUCGAGGAGCUGCCUCUGCCAGGCGUCGGCCAGGUCGUGCCGCAGGACUCGGCCAUUCUGCCCGGGUACAUUCCGAUCGCGAUCCACACCGACCACAUGGACAUGACCAAGUUCGCCAGCACGGACGACCCGGGUUUUGUGGCGAUUUGUGGAGAGCUGCGCCGGUGGACCAAGGCGGCCGUGGUCGUGACGCCUCCGCAGGCCUUGCCGGAUCGCAGUCGCCGAGAGCCGCAGGGCGCUGGUGAACAAGAACCACAAGCGAAUGUUCGGAUGGCCUCGAGUUUGGCUGGGUCCAACCGGACCCCCUGUUCCAAGAUCAGGAAGCCACAGAACUGCACCUCCCGCUUGUCCCAUUCGCACUUUUCCGGUCGCACUCGGAGAUAACCACAUCUUGACUCAUCUGGCUCGCUUAUUCGAACACCUCGCGAUUGCGCUUUGCGGAUACCCUGCAGCGUGGAGAAAUUGAUGUCCCGACGUUACC